GUUUAUUUGGAAAAAAUACGAGUCCAAUGGCGCGUGGACACACGUCUACAAGAAGCUCUUCCACGGCUUGCAGAGAAGAAAAGCAACGUUCGCAAUUUUUUCAGGAAGACUGCCUUGGCCCGAUAACAAACCCGGCAUAUGUCAAUUGGAUGUUGGCGUCGCCUCCACCUUUCAUCGUUGUUUCCGAAAUUACGCAAGUCCUCAGGGCCAACAUGCAAAGCAAAGAUAAUAGAGAUCAAACGGAGGAGAAUCAAUAUGCCAAUCCAUCAUUAUUGCAUCAAAGUGAAGAAAUCGAAACGAUUCGGAAAACAAGUCUUUUCGCUCAAGAUGUUACUGAAACGGAGCAGGGAAUUAUUGAUAAACGAGUUGCAUUACAACAACGUCAGUAUGCCGAAUUUGAACGACGUGAACGUGAACGUAAAUCUCAAAAAAUACGUGGAGUAUUCGAAUUUGUAUCUGACGAAGAAAUUUCAGAAGCACUGCGUGAUUGUGAGAAUGACGAGGAGGAAGUUAUUGUACGAAUGACGCAGCCUCGUUAUCUGAUCGAAAUUCGUAAGACGAUCGCCGAGAGGAAUUUGCGUUCUUUACACAUUAACUUGAUGACAGAUGAACAAAAAGAGGCGUAUGAACAAUUAUUAAAGAAAAGAAAGGAAACUUUAAAAAAAACUACGGGAGAAAAUGCCAAAAAACAAUAUCGUAUGAAAGGUCGUCUUGCUUUGGAUGAUGCCUUGAAGCAAGUUCAAGCCAACACAAGAGAUCUUGAAAAAGCAUUUGAGGGCUGGUCGGAAGCUCGAAUUAAAGCAUAUAAAGCAAUCGAAACGAAACCAAACACAUAUUAUUACCGAUUCAAUGCACCAGGUGAAGAACAAAAGAAAGGUCAAUGGACUAAGGAAGAAGAAGAGCUCUUUUUCUCGAGAUUGAAAGAAAUGAAAGAAACCGGAGCUGAUGGUCAAUGGGGCAUAUUCUCCAUGGCAAUUCCUGGCCGAUGUUCGAAUUUUUAUCGGUUAUUGAUAGAGACUGGACGUAUUAAAGAUCCAAAUUAUGUGCUUGAUGAUAAAGGCAAAGCGCAUUACUUGUUUAGUACGACAAACAAAAAAACCGGAGUGACCGAAAAGGUUUUCCGUACACACACCAAGCAUGGGAGCAACAGUGGAACCAGAGCUCAAACUUCAUUAUCUAAAUCUACCACACGGUCGGCUCCAGCAAAAAAGAAGCGCAAGACUGGCAAGAAACGAGGCUAUGCUUCUGAUGACGACGAUGACGACCUCGACUAUGAUGAUUCGGGUAGUUAUAUUUUAAAAUCCUGGAACACAACAAAAAGAACAAGAGCACAGGCAUCCUCAAGCAAAGGACCUCAGAUUCUCGAUUAUGAAAUGGAUGAGAUCGAAGAUGAAAAUCCAUUGCCUGGCUUUAUCGAUCCUAUUACACUCGAAGAAGUCAUAAAGCCUGCGAUUUCCCC